AUGGAUCCCAUCAUAGCAGUCGUUGGUGCUACGGGCACUGGCAAGUCCAAGCUCGCGGUGGACCUAGCCUGUCGAUUUAAUGGCGAAAUCAUAAAUGGCGACGCAAUGCAAAUGUACCGCGGCCUUCCUAUCAUCACGAAUCAAAUCCCAGUCGAAGAGCGAAACGGCAUUCCUCACCACCUGCUCAGCUGCGUUGGGUUUGAAAAGGAGGCAUGGCGUAUUGGCCAGUUCAAACAAGAAGCGCUGAGAAUCAUCGAUGACAUUCGGUCACGCGGGAAGGUUCCAGUUCUGGUCGGGGGUACCCACUAUUAUACUCAGGCUGUCUUGUUCAAGGAUUCUCUGGUGGGGGAAGCCAAAGAUCAAGAGGAUUCAGAUGCACCAGAAUCAAUGGAGGCUUCGACGGGAGUAACAUCGACCUCAGAAAAGUGGCCAAUCCUCGAUGCGGAGCCUGAAGUUAUGAUGGAAAAGCUCCGGGAAGUGGAUCCAGCUAUGGCGGCACGAUGGCAUCCCAAGGAUGGUCGAAAGAUCCGGCGCUCGCUGGAGAUUUACUUUACAACCGGACGACCUGCAUCUGAAAUCUAUGCAGAGCAAAAGGCGUCCAAGUCUGAUGCGCUGGUAAAGGAGGAAGGUCUCCUACGCUUCAAAGAUACAAUGAUCUUCUGGGUUCAUGCGGAGAAGGAGACUCUCGAUACGCGCUUAGCUUCCCGUGUUGACACCAUGAUUGAGCAAGGGCUUAUGGAGGAGGCACAGACCAUGUCAGACUAUCUGAAGAACAAACAAUCAGAAGGAAUAGAGGUCGACCAGACGCGUGGCGUUUGGGUAUCCAUUGGGUUCAAAGAAAUGGCACCGUAUUUCGCAGCGCUUGAUAAUGCGGUGUCUAGCGAAUCUGAACUCGAAAAACUCAAAACGGCAUGUAUUGAACAAAUUCGAAUCGCCACAAGGCAGUACGGAGUAUCCCAAGUCAAGUGGAUUCGUAACAAAUUAUGGCGAGCCCUUUCCGAAGCAGGCAUGAUACGGCGUUUGUAUCUUCUUGACAGUACAGAUGUCAGCAAAUGGAAGCAGUGCAUCACAGAUCCAUCGGAGAAUCUAUAUCAGACUAUGCUGCAAGGGGAACUCACUCCUGACCCAAAGUCGCUCUCGUCAUUGGCAAAUGAAGUCUUUGGGGCCAAGGAGGCAAAGGCACGAACACAAUCAACAGAUACGACUUGCCAUUUUUGUGAAAUUUGUCAACGGACCAUGGCGGGCGAGGAGCAGUAUAAAAAUCAUAUCAAUAGCAAGUACCACAAAGGAGCUAUUAAAUCGGCCGCGAGGAAAGCAGAACGUGACGCCUAUUUUGCAAAGCGAGAACUGGGAUCAAUGCAAUAA